AUGGCUGCUUUAGAUAUCCUCAUUGCGCUGCUGAUCCCGACCUUGGUCAUGGUCCACUUGCUUGUGGCGCCUUACACCAAGGUCGAGGAGUCGUUCAACAUGCAAGCAACCCACGACAUCCUCGUGUACGGCAUGCCGACCCAUGACGUGCACAGCCGCCUGUCGGCAGCUUAUGACCACUUCGACUUCCCCGGCGCCGUGCCGCGGACCUUUGUCGGCAGUGUCCUCCUUGCCGGCACCACGCAGUGGUUUGUCAACGUCUUUGGCUUUCACCACGCUCAAGUCAUCAUCAGGGCGACGCUGGGCAUCUUCAAUGCCGGGGCCCUCUUGCUGGUCAAGUCGAGCAUGGAGAGGGCCUUUGGGAGGAACGCCGGGCGCUGGUACGCCGUGUUGCAGGCCUCGCAGUUCCACGUCCUCUUUUACGCAUCCCGCACGCUGCCAAACAUGUUUGCAUUUGGUCUCACUACCAUUGCAUUUUCCCAUCUACUUCCAGAUGCCGAUGGAAGGACCCCAGUGAAACAGUUUCGUCUAGCCGUCGUACUCCUGACAGGUGCCACCGCCGUGUUCAGGUCGGAGCUGGCAAUCCUUCUUGCUGCCACCGGCAUAUAUGGACUUGCCACCGGCCAGAUCACCCUUGGGAAGCUGCUUCCAGCCUUCCUCACUUCGUUCAUAUUCUCCUUGGCAAUGUCAAUUCCCAUCGACUCUUACUUUUGGCAAAAGAUUCUCUGGCCUGAGCUCUGGGGGUUCUACUACAACGCCAUCCUCGGUUCGUCCUCGGAAUGGGGCACCUCUCCCUGGCACUAUUACUUCACAUCGGCCCUUCCCAAGAUCUUGAUCAAUCCUUUGACAUUGACCUUCCUCAUCCCCUUCGCGCUCACCACCCCCGGCACGAGCCGACAGGCUCGCCCUCUUGCUAUUCCCAGCCUCGCCUUUGUGGUUGUCUACUCGCUCCAACCUCACAAGGAAGCACGGUUUAUAUUCUACGUCGUCCCGCCCCUUACCGCCGUCGCCGCGCUGGGCGCCAACUUUAUCUUUACGCGGAGACAAAAGUCGGCUGCAUACAUGCUCAUUUCACUCGCGCUUGUGGCCUCGGUCAUUCUCAGCUUCGUGGCCAGCACCGGCAUGCUCAUUAUCUCGUCCCUCAACUAUCCAGGUGGCGAUGCGCUGUCAGCCAUGUGGGCGAUCGCCGAGUCUUCCUCAUCCGACCUGCAGAGCUUCACCGUGCACACCGAUGUGCUGUCCUGCAUGACAGGCGUCACGCUCUUCGGACAGCACCCAGUCGCCCCGCUCGAUUUCAAUGGCGGCGAGAACACCUUGUCGGUCAAGUUUGACAAGACCGAGGAUGAGACAACACUACGUAAUCCAGAGUUCUGGGAGAAGUUCGACUAUGUCCUGGCAGAAGACCCAGCCAAAGUGCUCGGGCCGUUCCAGAUCGUCGGCACAGUCGAAGGCUACGCGGGCGUCGAGUUUCUCAAGCCCGACUCAUCUGCAAACGACAUUGAGAAAGGGGUGGACGGUACAGUGCUGGGGAAAGGCUUGCAGGUCAGGAAACUGCGCGACUUUGUCCGCUCGCUCACGGGAGGCUGGUGGGUUGGGCCGAGGAUGGAGCCGAAGAUUCAUAUCCUGCGCAAAGUUCGCGAGGGGGAGGCAAGGCCUGCCAUGUCUUCGUAA